ACAUUUCCCUUCCUGCACCCAGCUAUCCGGAUUGUACCAAGAGUCGCCGCGGGGGAGCUCUCCAAUCAGAGGGCAGGCAAAAUGGUGAGAGGCUUUUACAGACUUGCAUCCCUUACCUCCGUCACUCUCUUGUCAUCUGGGGUUUUAUUACACAGGUCUCAGUACUUGGACCCCAGUGAUUUUGGGGUGGUGCGUAUAGGAAGAGCAGUUUUUACGACAGCAGCUAUUAGCAUUGACUACCUCACUCACCUGCGACAUGUCCCAGGAGGGCCAGAGAAAUAUGAAGACAUCAAAUCACAGGUUCACAUGCGAUCAGCUCAGCGCUUGCUGGAUUUGUGCUGUGCCAACCGUGGGACAUUCAUCAAGGUUGGGCAACACUUGGGUGCACUCGAAUAUCUGCUGCCCCCGGAAUAUACUCGUACUCUGAGUGUCCUGCACAGCCAAGCGCCCGUCACCCCACUGAUAGAUGUGCUACAGGUUGUCAGGGAGGAGCUUGGUGAAAAGUCGUCCCACCUUUUCCUCCAUUUUGAUGAGACCCCAUUAGGUGCAGCGUCCCUGGCGCAGGUGCAUCGGGCUGUGCUGCGGGAUGGAAGAACAGUUGCUGUUAAAGUGCAGCACCCAAAGGUGCAGUCGCAGAGCAAAAAGGACAUUUUUCUCAUGGAGGUUCUGUUGCGUGUUGUGAAGGUGGUUUUCCCACAGUUUGAGUUCAUGUGGCUUGUGGAUGAAGCAAAGAAAAACCUUCCUCUGGAGCUGAACUUCUUAAAUGAAGGGCACAAUGCCGAGCGAAUGGCCGCAAUGGUUCGAGCGUUCCCAUUUCUCAGAAUACCAAAAAUUCACUGGGACCUAAGCACGGAAAAGGUCUUAGUGAUGGAAUAUGUAGAAGGGGGGCAGGUAAAUAACAAGGAUUACAUGGAAAAGAAUAAAAUCGAUGUGAAUCAGGUUUCUCAGGCUCUGGGAAAACUAUACAGUGAGAUGAUUUUUGUCCAUGGAUUUGUUCAUUGUGACCCUCAUCCCGGCAAUGUGCUGGUUCGAAAGAACCUAGAAACAAAUAGUCCCGAGAUCAUUCUCUUGGAUCAUGGAUUAUACCAGACACUGACGGAGUCAUUCAGAUUGGAUUACUGCCACCUGUGGCAAGCGCUGAUUGAUGUUAAUAUGGAGGGAGUGCGCAAAUACAGUCAGCGCUUGGGAGCUGGAGAACUGUACCCCCUUUUUGCUUGCGUGCUAACUGCCCGUUCCUGGAACUCUGUGAACAGAGGGAUAAAACAAAGUUCUGUGACUAAAGAGGAGGCUCUAGAGAUUCGCAAUAAUGCGGCCACCUACCUCCCUCAGAUCAGUCAGCUCCUUUCUCAAGUCCCACGCCAAAUGCUCCUUCUCCUCAAAACUAAUGACCUCCUCCGUGGGAUUGAGACCACGUUGCAGACCAGUGCCAGCUCCAGCUCAUUCCUCAGCAUGUCUCGCUGCUGUGUUCGAGCUAUUGCCAGGUACCGCAAGGAACAUGCUGUCUCCGUCUGGUCCUAUGCUCACAUCUCAAUAUCAGAAUCCUUCUAUUUGGGACAACUUUACUUAUAUGAACUCUUUCUGCGUGUGCGAUCUUCCCGUGUGGGGCGCUGGUUGCAUCCUAUACUGGACUGGGUUUCUAUGCAUCAGCACUGUUAAAACCCGAGCUGGCCUUAAUAAUCCUCUGCAGAGGUUGUCGUCUUCUCAAGCAGAGAGCCAGUUGCUCCUUCUUCUGAACAAACAUUCUACUACUUCGUCUUGCAGGCUGACCCUGAAUUCCUGCUUCCUGAAAGACUGACAAUGGAUACUUCCUAUCAUAGGACUGACCCAGACAUGUCUUUCUGCAGGGUUAGUUCACACCUGAACAUGUCCACACCUGCACUGCCAACCUGGACACGACCCUUUGCAGGGCUGACCUUACAGGCCCCCUGUUCUGCAGGGCCAAUCCCCAGAUAUGUCUUUCAUAAGUUUACCCCCCCCCCCCCCCCCCAAGGCACUCCCAUUUGCAGGGCCAACACAGCCCUUUGCAGGUCCAGCCCAUCAGUACACCCUUCUGCAAGACUAACCCUCCCAAAUAUAGCCUUCCGUAGGGCCACCCCUUGCACGUGUCUUUCUGCAGAGCUGACCCCUAGUCUGGACACAUCGUUCUUUUGUUCUCCUCGCACCCAGACACAUCGUUCUGGAGGGCCAACUGGAUACACUCUUCUGCAGGGCCAACCCAAACGAUGUUUUUUCUUUCUGUAGCUUACAUCUGGACAAAUGCUGUUUUUAGGGCCCACAUCCUGUUGUAGUAUUAAUCCACUGCUUCUUUCCAGUAGGGCUGAGCAGCCGUAAGUAUUGGAAGAAAUUAUAUGGGGCAAUAGGAAGAGUUAUAUGAGGGGGAUUUUAUUUACAGGCGGCAAAAGUGCAUUACAUCAGAAACACAGUUCAGUCUCACAUUGCAUUCAAAUACUUUUUAUAACAUGUCAUCCUGUUUUCUGACCACAUGAUGGCGCCUCUAGCUUCUGGCACAAUUUAUGUUUUAUGAAAGGGAAUUAAUUCUUCCCAUUUUAAUAUUA